CACACACUAUUGAAGAUUCUUUCGGCCGUCUUUCUUGGCCUGACUCUUCUCAACAGCAUCAUCCACAUUACGAGACAUCUUGCCAGAUACACCGCUCCGAUCCAGCAGCGACAAAUAAUUCGUAUAAUCUUGGUUCCUACUGUCUUUGCCAUAUUCUCUUUUCUUUCUGUACUAUUCUACCAGACGUCCAUAUAUUUGCGUCCAUUGGCCGAGAUCUACGAAUCCAUCGCCAUUCCCGCCAUUUUCAUACUCUACGUUCAUUAUGUUUUCCCUGGUAGCCACUCAUGGCGGGAACUCUUUUAUCGGCUUGAAGACCCAUAUAGUAGAGAGGCCAGCAUUGCGGGCGGCGAUGUGACUUGGUUCAAACGUACCUGCGUCUUCGUUUUUCAAUAUCCAAUCUCAAAGACAACUUCUUCGAUUGUGGAGAUUGCCACGCAAGGCGCUGGAGUGUACUGCGUCAAUUCGCUGGCUCCGCGCCAUGCACAUCUUUGGUGCGAGAUCAUAAAUGUUGUGUCAAUUGUGUUGGCCGUGCCGCAUGUCAUUCGCUUCGAGCGCCGGAUGAAGGAACACAUUGAUCCAACCCGCAAGCCUGGAGCCAAACUGUGGACCUUUAAAGGUUUCGUUUUCCUUCAGUUUGUACAGUUGAUCCUCUUUGGGUUACUGAAUGGCCGACUCUCUCACCCAACUGCGUCUAUUACUUUCAAUGACCUGUAUUAUGGCAUUCCUGCUACUCUGACCUGUAUAGAGGCGUGGAUUUUCACGAUUAUUUUCAUGUGGUCUUUCUCAACGAAGGAGUAUGCGCCC